AUGGCUUCCGUUAUCUUCACCAUCCCGAUUGCCGUCAACUUCCUUGCAUCAAGUCUCAUAGUCACCACCAUCCAGAUCGCGCUCUCCAUUUUCGUGUUCCCCAUCAGCCCUCGCACGUACCGCAUCAUCAAUUGGUACCUCAUGGGGUCCUUCUGGGCCAUGCUCAUCUGGCUCAUCGAGUGGUGGGGCCGCGUCGAGGUCCGGCUCUACGGCGAUCCCAAGGAUCACGCAUAUUACGGCAAGGAGAGCGCCUUGUGUGUGAGCAACCACCGCAGCGACGUUGACUGGGCCAUCGGCUGGGUUUUCUCCCAGAGGUGCGGCUGCCUUGGAGGCACGCGAGCGCUGAUCAAGGAGGAGGCCAAGUGGAUGCCUGUGAUUGGCUGGUCCAUGUGGUUCUCUGAGUACCUCUUCAUCGCCCGUAACUACGCCACCGACCAGCGGAGAAUACUCGACGGCUACGCUCGGCUGCGCAGCUUUCCACGGUUCUUCUGGGUGGCUCUGUUCAUGGAAGGCACGCGCUUCACGCCUGAGAAGCUCAAGGCGGCGCAGGAAUACGCCAAGGAGGCGGGGCUGCCCAUCCCCCGCCACGUGCUCGUGCCCCGCACCAAGGGCCUGGUGAUGUCAGUGGAGCAGAUGCGGGGACAUGCGGGGGCUAUCUAUGACUUCACCGUCAACUACCCCGUGGGAAAGAACCCCCCAACGUUCGCUAACAUUUUCAAGCGCAAGGCCUCGCAGAUUGACGUGUACUAUGAGCGGGUCCCCAUGGACCAAAUCCCUCAGGAUGCAGAGGGCAUCUCCAAGUGGUGCCAAGAAUCGUUUGUGAAAAAGGACAAGAACCUGGAUUAUUAUGUUGAACACAACGGCUUCGAUGAGAAAAUGAGGCUCAACACGACCAAGUCUCCGAAAUCCAUUUUGCACACGUGCUUCUGGACGGUUUUGAACUUCGUGGUAUAUGGCUGGAUCUUCACGCGGAACUUAUCGUCAAUCACCUUCACUUGGGCAACUUUGGGAUGGAUCGCUGUCGGCGUGGCUGUCGUACUCGGCGUAAUGCAAGUGCUUAUCAGGUUCACUCAAUCAGAGCACUCCACACCGGCAUCUCGCCUUAAUCGUGCACCGCCGGCGCAGAGCGACAACGCGCUGAUGGGGCUGGACAUGCCGGCGGCGCCAUUCGAGCUGCGCACGUUCAAGUUCAAGGAGCUGCACAAGGAGAGCCAGGGCUUUAAGGAGCCCGACAACGUGCUCCUCGCCUUGCGUUGUCACACGCCUCAUACACACCCCGCUUCGCUCCCCUCUGCUUUUCCGUCCCCUCCUUCCCCCUCCUUCUCCACCCCUCUCCUUUUCCCCUCCUCCCUCCUUCCCCCUCCCCCGCUCGCCCCUCCCCUCCCCCCAUUCUCCCCUCCUCCAGCAGCGCCAGCGCAGAGCGACAACGCGCUGAUGGGGCUGGACAUGCCGGCGGCGCCGUUCGAGCUGCGCACGUUCAAGUUCAAGGAGCUGCACAAGGCCACGCAGGGCUUUAAGGAGCCCGACAACGUGCUGGGCGAGGGCGGGUUCGGCAAGGUGUACAAGGGGUUUCUCAAGGACUGGGAGGGCAGCAAGGAUGCUUUUCCCAUCGCUGUGAAGAAGCUAAAUCCGAACAGCUUCCAGGGCCAGCAGGAAUGGCUGGCCGAAAUUCUGCUUCUGGGUCGUGUGCGCCAUCAGAACCUGGUGAAGCUCCUCGGAUACUGCGCGGAGAACGGGGAGGGUAUGCUGGUGUAUGAGUUCCUGGGCAAGGGCAGUCUUGACUACCAUCUCUUCCCUGUCUUCAUCUUCUUUCUCCUCCCCUCUCUGCCCGUCUCCGCCCCUCUUCUCUUCCCUCCUUGCCCAUCAGAGCCCAAGGAGGAUGACCCUACCCCCCCCACGCCGCUGCCAUGGGAGGUGCGGCUGCGCAUUGCGCUGGAUGCUGCUGCGGGCCUGGCGUACCUGCAUGAGAACAACGUCAUUCACCGCGACUUUAAGGCUCCUAACAUCCUGCUCGAUGAUGACUGGUCUGCGAAGCUGACGGAUUUCGGGUUGGCAAAGGGAGCGGACACGGACCAAACCCACGUGACGACGCGCAUCAUGGGCACCAUGGGGUACCUCGACCCCAAGUACAUGGAAACCGGCCAGCUCACCCGCAAAUCCGACGUCUACGCCUUUGGAGUCAUGCUCCUCGAGCUCCUCACAGGGAAACGCGCCAUGGAUCAAACGCAGCAGGGCAUGCCGCCGCUCACGGCCUGGGCGCAGCAGUAUUUGAACCAGCGAAAGCCGGAUAUUGGAGCUCUCGUCGACCCGUGUCUGCUGGAUCAGUUUACCACGAAGGCGGCGCAGCGGGCGGCACAUAAGCUGGCGAUCUCGGCAAAGCAUUGUAUCGAGGAGGAUCCGAACCUGCGGCCGCUGAUGAGUGAUAUGGUGGAGACGCUUCGCCCGCUGGUGGCUGCGGCUCAGGAGCAGUCGGCUGCUGCUGCUGCCAGCGCUGGAGGGGGCGGGGAGUAG